AUGCCUACCACAUUUGUUUUUGCUUUUUUGUUUGUUUGUUUCCUUGUACGAGCGGCGUUUCCUCACGCGCAGGCCUCUUUUGCUGAGGCGAAGCGACAGGCGUGUGCACGGAGGCGGCGCAGGCAGGGUGAGCAGUGCUCCCAAUAUCGGCCGUGGGAGCUCCCAGGAGUGGGGGGUGCGGUGAGGGGGGUGGGUGCACGGAGCAACGGGGCCACGGUGUGGCCACCGACGGGGCCGCCUUCUCACCCCACGCUUUUUCCGGCGUUGGUGUCUACCCCGCGGCUGGAUGCGGAGAAGAGGAAGAGCAACGUUGCGUGUGGCAUGCCAUUUGUAGAGGAUGUUCGCGUCUUUGCGUCGGACUGGGUGACGCUGACGAUUCAGCAGCGGCGGAAGGCGCCCCUGUGCGUCGUGGAGCUUCCCCCUUAA